CACGAGCUGAGCGAUUGGAUCCCUCUGAUUGCCGACUUCUCUGAGUCAAUAUCACACUUUCAACCCUUCUCCGGCAAGCACAAGCCUCUCUUGGUCUCGAUACAUACAUCACAGCCCGGAAGCAAGCAAAGACGUCAGAGCGGAAUCACGGAUUCCCAUCAGGAGCGCAUGGGACAUGAGACCAGCUGCCCUGACAGCUCUCCAGUCAGUGUUCCACACCGAGAUCACUGCACUGUCAGCAACGGACAAACGCGCCACUCAUCGUCAGUCAGGUCCCCACCGUCUCCGCCGGUGAAGCAACACAGCCGCUGCACCGAGCCACAAUGAAUCGGACUCCAUACCCAGGAGCGAGCAUAAUCACUUCGGAGGUCCAGAGCGACCUCUCUUUCUCGGAGCGGAAGGCUAGAAAGGGAGGCAACCCUCCAGCGGCCUCGCAACUCGUCGAAGGGAACCACCUCUUGCGUCCCAUCGACAGGGCGCCGCCGGGCGAUGUUAUCCGCCGGACGAGCAGAGCGCAGCCCAGAGGGGAUCUGGCCAGGCAGAAGAGCAAGCGGAACUUCUUCGAGGAUGCCUUCUCGAUAACCCCCAGUAGCCCGGCAAGGGAGCGGGUGCAUGGCGACGCAAUCGUCAUGGCCGAGGUAAAGACAAACGUGAUCGUCGGCGACGAACACACCUUCAUCAACGAGCUCUCAAACCACCUCUCAACGCGGUACCAACGGCCGGUGUCGUCCAUCGUCGUCACCCUGCACCAUGGCGCCUGCAUGCUCUUCGGGGGCUCGUUCGACGCAGCCUACGUCAUGUCCGUGUUCGCGCUGCCCUCGCAGCUCCAGCCGACGACGAACAAGCGGAACGCGGCGCUGAUCCAGAAGCACAUGGAGGAGACGCUGGGCGUCGAUCCGGCGCGGGGGCUCCUGCGGUUCGUGGCCACGCCGGAGGAGCAUCUGGCGUGCAACGGGAAGACGACGGCGGGGGAGAUCGACGAGCUGGAGAGGAGCUUUCAGAACGACGGCGCUGGCGGCUGGGCGACGGCGUCCUCUCCCGCAGCAGCGGCGGCAGACGAAUGGGCAAUCGGCCUCGGGGGCCCAACGAAGGGGACGAUGGCCCGGAAGAAAUUGAGCGUCAGCGCUCUCGCACCUCUCCGGCAUGCCUCGCCCGCCAACGUGCCCGCGCCGGAACUGACGCCGCCCGGCAGCGCGGACGGAGCCGUGACGCCAACACUGGGUCCGGAGCCGGCGUCUCGGGACCCCUCUCCGCGCCGGCGCAAGUCGGCCCAGCGGAAGAAGAGCUUCGUGGCGAGCAUCUUUGGCCGGCCCGGGAGCAAGUCAUCGGACCCCCGCUCGUCCUUGCCGGCGAUUGCAGAUGAGCGGCAGGCUUGACAUCACGGUUGUCGGGCUGUCGACCAUUGGUGAUGACGGUAAAGCAAGUUGUGUUGCGAGCGGCCUUGUUUGGGACCUGGCCCGAUUGUCUCGUGGUUUGCUGUGACGGAUCAGAUCGCGAUGGCACUGGUUGAUGGCGAAUAGAAGCAGUUUGAAUAGAUGGUUUUAUAUUAAUAGCAACAUUAUAUACCUAGCAGUCGAUCACUAACUAGGUAAUUCACUGGGAAGUGUUGUUUCCUCUUUGGUAUCAUAGCAG